AGUCUACCGCUUGAAUCAAGAUAGUGGCUUCAGAAAAUUCUCUGAGUUUUGAUUGGUUCGUGCGCGGGAAUAAAAGAAAUACUCGAAGCGAGGUAAAAAGCGCGAUUUUUCGAAAUCAAAACACGCGAACGAAAUCGUUGGAUUUUAAAAUUAUCACUGUCCCAUGGCUGAGAUUCUGGAAGAAUUUGAUCAGCCGUCACCUUGCACUGUUGGAUUUUGUCAACAGAUUCCACUUGAAGAAUAUGACCAGCGAUCAGCACAGACUACACAAGCUGCGCUCCAUGGAUUGCUUGAUCACCUCGACUCCAAUCCUGAAGAAUUUUAUAAGAUCUUACGGCGAAAGAAAGCAGAUAACCUGAAGUUGCUGCAGUUCGUGAAGGUUAAAGUGAUGAACCAUCUUCAAGACGACUAUCUGGAAAAGUACUUUCCUGAAGAGCAAUGUCAGAGAGAGCUGGAAAGUCUGAAGAGGGAAAUGGCUUCAGCUUAUGAUUAUGCACAAGAUGGUAAGAAAACAGGUGUGAGGUUCUCUAAAAGGUUGGCUGAGAAGAGAAAACUUCAAGAACCUUUAGCUUCCAGUACACCAAGGAUGCAACCAACUGCACCACCACUACCACCCCCACCACCUCCUCCCCCUCCUCCCCCUGUCAGUAAUAUGUCUGCAGCUUUCAUUUCACCAGUGACACUGAAAAGAUCAACAUAUUCAGAUAUCCCUGGGACACCCUCAGGAAUUUUUCAUCCAGAAGUAAAACUGGUCCAGUCAAUCAGGAAUAUUGCCCCAAGGAGGAAGUUGCGGGAGAUAAAUUCUGGUGCAACUGUGACAUCAAAAUACAAUACAGAU